UACCAGGUUAUAGUGGUGAUCAGUCCUGUGGAUCCUGCCCGCCGCGCCAUGUCUGCCAUCACCAACCUCCUGCUCUUCACCCUCUCCCUAGUUAUUGGGGACUUCUUGUACCCGGUGGACGGCUGCACCUGCGCCCCCAGUCACCCCCAGGAUGCCUUCUGCAACUCCGACAUAGUGAUAAGAGCCAAAGUCGUGGGCAAGAAGCUGAUGAACGACGGGCCCUUCGGUACGAUGCGUUACACGAUAAAGCAGAUGAAGAUGUACCGCGGCUUCAAGAAGAUGCCUCACGUCCAGUAUAUCUAUACCGAGUCCUCCGAGAGCCUGUGCGGAGUCAAGCUGGAGGUCAACAAGUAUCAGUAUCUCAUCACAGGGCGGGUAUAUGAGGGGAAGGUAUACACCGGCCUGUGUAACCUGAUCGAGAAGUGGGAUAAGCUGACCCUUGCCCAGCGCAAAGGACUCAAUCACCGCUAUCACCAGGGAUGUAACUGCAAGAUCAAGGCUUGCUACUACCUCCCAUGCUUCAUCACAUCGAAGAGCGAGUGCCUGUGGACAGAUAUGCUCUCCAACUUCGGCACCCCAGGCUACCAGUCCAAGAAUUACGUCUGCAUCAAGCAGAAAGAAGGUUACUGCAGUUGGUCCAGAGGAUGGACUCCACCAGACAAAUCCGUCAUCAACACCACGGACCCCUGAGCCCUCGUGGCACCGGCGGCCCGGAAACUGUAAAAGGACAGUAACCCUGAACGCAUACGGCAAUGAAAUUAGUGCCUGAUUUCUUGCUAAAAAUUAGCACUUGGAACACAUAGGUCUUUACCAUCAUACUGAAAGUAUAUUUUUUAAUCACUCUUUUAUUUUUGUAAUAUAUAUAUUAUUAUUAUUAUUAUUUUUUUUUUU